UCACUCAUACACUCACACACAACACGGGUAAGAACCACCUCCUCCCUCGCUUUUGCUCAUUUUCUAACUGGUUUAUUUGUCUUCUUAUGGUUGAGUUUUUAAAGAGUUCUUUGUAUAUUUUGGAUAACAGUUCUUUAUCAGGUAUAUUUUUCUAAAUACAGUAGAACCUCUGCAAUGUGACCAUCUGCGGGACUGUAACAAACUGGUCAACAUACAGAGGUGGUCAACAUAAGAAACUAAGCCUACUGUACUGAUAGUACAUGAAGUGCAUGUCAGGUCCACGAAAAUUAGGUCAAUUUAGGGAGAUAGUCAACUAUGGGGGUUACUGUAUUUUCUCCCAGUCUUAGGCUUGUCUUAUUCUCUUAACAGUGUCUGCUGCAGAGCAGAAGGGGUUUUUUUUGUUUGUUUUUUCUUUCUUUUUUUUUUAUUGUUGGGGAUUCAUUGAGGGUACAAAAAGCCAGGUUACAUUGAUUGCAAUUGUUAGGCAAAGUCCCUCUUAGAGCAGAAGGUUUUAAUUUUAAUAAAGUCUAACUUAUCAAUUUAUUUCUUUCUAUGAAUUGUGCUUAAAGUGUUAUAUCUUAAAAAGUCAUUGCCAAACCCAAGGUUGCCUAAAUUUUCUCCUACAUUAGCUUCUAGAAUUUUUAUAGUUUUACAUUUAAGUGUAUGGUCCAUUCUGAAUUAAUUUUUGUGAAAGACAUAAAGUAUAGGUCUCUGAAAGGUAUACAGUCUAGGUCUAGAAAUAAACGUUUUUUUUGCAUACAUAUGUCCACUUCUAUUAUUUGUUGAAAAGACCUUUUUUUUUUUCUCAGUUGUAUUACCUUUGAUCCUUUGCCAAAAACUGGUGGUUCUCUGUAUCUGUGUGGGUCUACCUCUGGACUUUGUGUUCUGUUCCAUUAACGUAUUUGUCUAUUUUUCACCUUUUUUUUUGGAGACUUGAGUCUCACUCUGUGGCCCUAGGUUGAGUGCUAUGACAUCAUAGCUCAUAGCAACCUCAAACCCUUGGGCUCAACUGAACCUCUUGCUUCAGCCUUCUGAGUAGCUGGGACUACAGGUGCUUGCUGUAGCUUUAUAAUAAAUCUUGAAUUCAAGUAGUCUGCUCAAACCAGUCCUCUGAAUUUGAUCUUCCUUUUCAGGAUUGUAUUGAAUAUUCUGGAUCUUUUACCUUUAUAUAAACUUCAAAAUCAGUUUGUCAUUAUCCACAGAAUAAUGUACUGGGAUAUUGAUGGAAUUGUAUUGAAUCUGUAGAUCAAAUUGGGAGGAACUGGCAUCUUAACAUAUUGAGUUUUCUUACCCAUGUACGUGGAAUACUUAUACAUUUAUUUAGUUCUUCAAUUUCUUUCAUUAGAGUUCUAUAUUUGUCCUCAUAUAAAUCUUUAUAUAAUUCAUUAGAUUUAUAGCUAUUUAAUUUUUCUUUGGUGCAGUGUAAAUGGUAUUCCAUUUUAAAUUUCAAACUCCAUUGUUCAUUGCCAGUAUAUAAGAAAACAAUUGACUUAUGUAAUAUAUAAAUUGUAUGUCUUGCAAUCUUGUUAUAAACAGACAUUAUGUUUACCCUGUAGCUAUUCGGAGCCAUUAAAAGCAUGGGGCAAGAGUGUUGUACUAUUAUAUGUUCAAGGAAGACCAAACCGGAAGUAAUACAUAGAAUGGAUUGGAAAGAAAAUAAACUAGAGGUAGAGAAUCCACGUGGAAGGCUUCUAUGUGAGCCCUUGAUGGCACAGUAAGGUUCUGAAUAAGGGUAUUACAGCAUCAAAAGAAAGGUAAGAACAGAUUCAAGAGGCAAAUACCCUAAAUUUGCCCUUCUACUUCAUGCUUAUGAGUCUUUUCACAUGCAAUUCCCUUUUGGGGAGGCCCUCACAAUUCCCUUCACCUAACUUUUAAUUGUUCCUCAAAAUUAGGUUCAGAUGCUAUGGCCUCCAAUAACCCUUCCCCUCUACUCUCUCCCCACAGUCUCCUGUUGUGUCUGCCACCACACUGUGAGUGCUAUUUAUGUUUAUUAACAUAUAAUGUAUUUGUCUAUUUACUUACCUGUGUCUUGUUGCUUUCAUUAAAUCAUGAGCUCCUGAAUUUGUGUAGCCCAGUACCUGGCCCCAUAAACGUACACAUAAAUGAAUAAUUCAUUCCCAUCAGUUGCUGGAACUCACAACAUUACCAAGUAUGUGGCAGCUAUUAUAUCAGAUUUACAAGGUAUCUUUUCUUUUAAGGAACUAAAAUCAUACAGCCUCAAAAAAACUGAAGUCACAGAUCAGGAAGGAAGCAGGCAGCCCCUAUCAGGAAGCGAUCAGUUCCUUAAAACUGCGUUUUGUGUCAUCCUGUUUCUUUAAGACGUUUCUUCCCUUGCCCUGCCCAGGCAGCGCUGGAAGGCUUGGAGAUAAAAAGGGCAGACAAAAGCCUCUGAGCCUGAAACUAACCACAGCCUCCUCCAUUCUCAGUGGGACCUCCAACACUGAGACCAGAAAAGAUGGUGCUAUGUUUUCCUCUCCUAUUCCUGUUGGAGCUCUGGGGACCCAUAACCCCACUUUGUGCUCUGCCUAAGCAUCUCACCAAGGCUCAGUGGUUUGAAAUUCAGCAUAUACAGCUAAAUCCUCUCCAGUGCAACAGGGCAAUGAAUGGCGUCAAUAAUUACACAGGGCACUGUAAACCUCAAAACACCUUUCUGCACGACUCUUUCCAGAACGUGGCUGCUACCUGCGAUUUGCCCAACAUCGUCUGCAAAAACGGUCAGAACAACUGCCACGAGAGCCCCAAGCCUGUCAACAUGACUUUCUGCAGACUCACUUCAGGAAAGUAUCCUCAGUGCCGCUACAGGGACUCUACCCAAUACAAAUUCUUCAUUGUUGCCUGUGACCCCCCUCAGAAGAUUGACCCUCCCUAUCAUUUGGUUCCUGUACACUUAGAUAGUACUGUCUAAGGUCGCCAUCAGUUUUCCUCUCAUUUGACACCAGCUUGUCUUACAAUUUCUUCUGCUUCUUUUUUUCUUUUGUUAAUUUCCUUAUUCUCAAGAAGAAAGAGACAAUGAAAGUGCACAGGAUACUGGACCAGAGUUGGGACAAAAGUACAAUUCUCUUCUGCUUUGGAGUUCCGUGUGUUUUGAGGGAAGGCAACAGGGAAGAGGACAAAGAAGAAUUCAGACCUCCAGAUCUCUUAACCUUGCAACUUUUGCCAGGCUUUACUGCUCUGUAUUCACAGCAAUAAAACCACUUCCUGCUGCAUUCCAGUGAGUGUGAGUGUAUUUGAGAUCCCCUUUCAAAUCACUGCCUAUUAUUUUUCAAAGGAGGACUACUCUGGCCUUAGUCCCUCCCUGGGGCCUCUACCACUUCCUUACUGGGAGGAAAGGGGAGUGUUUGGGACUUUGGAGCAUGCCUUCCAAAUCAGUUCAUGACUUUAUGUAUUUCCCUGGAAGCCAUUGUCUUUAU